AUGGAGGAGCUUUUGGGCUGCUGGAGAGAGGCUCAAAGGGCAGACAAAGCCGUGGUCCAGCUCUUGCGAAUCCGAGCGGUACUGGAUCUGGAGUUCUAUGAUCAUAUCACGGCUGUCCUGAGAGAGAUCGAAUCUACCAGCAGGCUUCUCCGCGACCUUUACGACCUCUUCCCCAUCUACCGAAGUCGGGUACCGAUUAUCAUUUAUUACCUGGAUGUCAUUCUCCCUUCUCUUGAGAGGACCAUCAAGAACAUGAUGGUGUACAUUGACAACGAUGCCUUUCCCGCACGCACCCAAUGGACAUUGACGGUGGAACGGCUCGGCGAUCAGGGAGGCAUGUCACUACCUACAGUAUUUGUGAUGUACGUCGAAUUUUUGGUGCAAAUCGUGAGAUUGCUUAGCCGCUCCCCCCUCUACGAUCCGACGACCUUGGAAUUGUUACGUAUGAGACAUUUGCGAUUGCGGCUCUUGCAAGGCAUCCCAGCGCCGCCGUCCCCAGCCAUUCCUCACCAUGCUCCGAUCCAGCCAACGGAGGCCGAUCUUGAGCGCCGUCAUUGGGCCGAAAAGAUAUUCGACGACCAACCGCAUUCCACUACUGGCUUAAGACACAGACGCGAAUCCAUGUGCUUUGGGCCGCCAAUGGUUGACGUUAAACUGGGCAUUACACCCGGCUCGAGCGUACUCUUCAAGUUACCAUUUGACAAGAAUCGUCUUUCGGUAACUCUCUACUUGCAGCCCGAAGGACCAGACAUGACGAGACUUCUCUGUCGAUGGCUCGAUCGUUACAUGAACCCACUCACAGCAUGCUACGGCGUUCACGAGCUUUGUGUCCGACGCAAGGGCUCGUCGCUCCAAUUUCGUCGUUGGAGUCUUAACAAGAUGCAUCCCAAGCUAUGGAUGGCUCUGUUCUUCAAGACGUGGGAAAAAAUGGUUCUCUUCCACUGCGCUUUUGGUGCCUUGAAGUCUCGCUGUCCUCUUACUAUCAGUGUCACGUCUGAAGAUGUCUGUCUUCCAGGUGAGAAGAGACUUUUCCAAGGCAAAAUAAUCGACGACGGCUUCGAGCAUAUUCUGACGGUCCUCCAAGAUUUGAAAUGCGGAGGCAUUAGACUCCAUGCAGCCGUGAGAAGCGGUGAACUGAGACGUUGUCCUGUGUGGACUGCUUUCAUAACACAUCAAUCCUCAUCCCCGCAAUGGCUUGACCGCCGAAGCCGUCACCGAAUCUGGCUCAGGGACAUAUAUCCCUAUGUCUUCUGCCAGAAAUACAAGAAGAAGCAUCAGAUGAAGCGCAAUGGGGAAUUUGAGUUGUACUUUGUUACCGAGGAUGCUGCAGAUGCCUUUCAGGACAUGUUCCAAGAGGGCUCUGACACAGGAGGCGGUGACGGAAGAGACAUCAUCGUAGUCACCCAAGAACGGAGCUGA